AUGAAUAUCAACGGAUCAAACAUUACAAUCGAGGAGGAUGAUGGCCGUGCUAAGAUAGUUGCAUAUUCAGCGGAAAAUAAGUUUAUGCCUGGAGACGAGGUAUAUUAUACCGACCCUACGACGAAAGUCCGCGAAGGCCCAUAUUUAGUUUCCUCGACGCCCAGCUUGAAAAAGUAUAAGCUAUGCCACAAAAAUGGACAGCUGGUGAAGGAAGGAAUGCCUAUAGAAGAGAAAGACCUGAAACUUGCCGAUGACGACCUCUGA